AUGCCAACAACAUCAUGGUAUAUCCCGCCCUCCUGGCUGUCGUCUGCCGAUGUUCAGCCGGAGACAAUAGUCGAUGCUGCCCUUCUGGCUUCGCAGGCUGCCAACAACAACAAGCACCGACUCAUGGACCAUUCUUCCAUUCCGUUGCUGCUUCACCAAACAUGGAAGAAUCGAUGUGUUGACACGUGGUCAGAUCUGCUCCGCGCCAGUGUGGAGAAAUGGUUGAACCAUGUGGUGUCUGACGACAUGGCUUACUUCUUCUGGGAAGACGAUGGCAUUGUGCAGAUGUUGGCCGAGUUUGAACCACAGUUUGUUCACCGAUUCGUUUCGUUGCCUUCCAACGUGGAACGGGCUGAUGUUUUCCGCAUUUUGGUCUUGAAAUGGUUUGGUGGAAUUUACGCAGACGUGGAUACUCGACCGCUACGCCGGCCUGCUUCUUGGAUCUCAGCUUCCGACCUUGCUGCUUGGACGGACUCCGUCGCGGAAAUGAGCUUUUCUUUCGACAACCCAGUCGGCAGCAUUCUCGGCAUAGAAGCAGAUUGUUCGCCCAACAAGAAUGAUUAUUGGCGUAUGGGAUAUUCUUACCCUGUGCAACUUACACAGUGGGCCUUGGCUUCUAGUUCGGGCCACGCCAUUCUUCUGCGCUUCAUGGACAUCCUUCAACGUAGGCUAGAGGACGUAGCCAGGCGCAACAGGGGAGACAUCAACGCUCCAGAGGCAGUCAGGGAACUCCGACAGAUUGGACCCCUGUCUUUGACAGGACCAGUAGCUGUGACAAUCGCGGCGAAGAGUUGGCUGGAGCAGCGAACCGGACUGCGGUGGAACGGUCUGACGGGAUUGAUGGACGGUGGUCAAAGCAAGCUGGUGGAAGAUGUUCUGGUUUUGCCAAUCACCGGAUUUAGUUAUAUCAUUCAAAUACUCACAUCGGACAGCCCCGGCCGAGGCAGAUAUGGCAACAUGGGGUCCAAGCCAGUCACUGAUCCGUCAGCGCGAGUUUGGCACCAGGCGCAAGGGUCUUGGCGGUCCUUCGACCCAAAAGUUGAGUUUGGGAAAGUCUGUCGGACCUUGUUAGGAUUGUGCAAAGACUGGUCGAAGCAGCCAGAUUGA